AUGCAGACCAGGAAGAAAUACAUUUUCAUAACUUUCUUUGCCUCUUGGCUUCUGCUUUUCUACUUUGGAGGAGACCAAAUAAAACGGCUGGCCUUCCUCUCCAGAAAGAAAGCCGCAGUGCUGAAGAACUGGCCCCGCUGGACGGACAGGUCCCUCCUCAAGAGCUUUGCAGAUCCCGAAGAACUUCAGAGCGAUGGAGGCCACCACAAACAAUCCGCCAAAGCCAGAAGGGAGUCGAGAAUUAACAUCUACAAGCACAGCAGGUGCCGCAUGGAAACUUGCUUUGAUUUUUCCAGGUGUGAGAAACAUGGUUUCAAGGUCUUUGUCUACCCCGUGGAGAGAGAGGACCCGGUGUCAGAAAGUUACCUCAAAAUAAUCACAUCCAUUGAGGAGUCCCGAUACUACACCUCCAACCCAGAAGAAGCCUGCCUCUUUAUCCUAAAUAUUGAUACUUUGGAUAGGGAUCAUCUCUCCAUCCAGUAUGUCCACAACAUCAACGAUAAAAUCCAAGGUUUCCCUCUAUGGAAUGACGGCCGAAACCAUCUGAUAUUUAAUCUUUACUCAGGCACCUGGCCGAAUUACACCGAGGAUCUGGGCUUUGACAUUGGACAGGCCAUCCUGGCCAAGGCAAGUUUUUAUGUUGAGAACUUCAGGCCCGGCUUUGAUAUCUCCAUUCCUUUGUUUUCAAAGGAGCAUCCUCAGAAGGGUGGGGAGAGGGGCUGGCUGUACCAGAACUCUGUGCCUCCUAAGAAAAAGUACAUGUUGGCUUUUAAAGGGAAGAGGUACCUGACUGGCAUUGGCUCUGACACCAGGAAUGCAUUACAUCAUAUCCAUAAUGGCAAGGAUAUCAUCUCCCUGACCACCUGCAAACAUGGCAAAGACUGGGAGAAACACAAGGACACGCGCUGUGACAAAGAUAACUCGGACUAUGAAAAGUUUGACUAUCAGGAGUUGCUCCACAACUCCACCUUCUGCAUCAUCCCUCGUGGCAGGCGGCUGGGCUCCUUCCGCUUCCUGGAAGCGCUGCAGGCUGCUUGCAUCCCAGUGCUGCUCAGUAACGGCUGGGAGCUGCCGUUCUCCGAAGUGAUCGACUGGAGUAAAUCGGCGAUUGUCGGGGAUGAGAGGCUCCUCCUGCAGAUUCCUUCCACCGUUCGCUGUCUCCACAGUGACAAGAUCCUGGCGUUCCAGCAGCAAACCCAGUUCCUGUGGGAAGCAUAUUUCUCCUCCGUGGAGAAAAUAGUGCAAACCACCCUUGAGAUAAUAAAGGAUCGGCUGUUUCAUCGAGAAUCCCGCCCCAAGUUCGUGUGGAACACCCUGCCUGGGGGGCUGCUGGCUCUGCCGGAGUAUUCCACCCACCUCGGCGACUUCCCUUUCUACCACCUGCAGCACGGGUCCAGCCCCUCCGGCAAAUUCACAGCUUUCAUCCGGGCCGUCUCCCCCGUGGUCUCCCUCUCCCAGCCCAUCCUCAAGCUCAUCCAGGCCGUCUCCAGAUCCCAGCACUGCGCCCAGAUCCUAGUUCUGUGGAGCUGCGAGAAGCCGCCCCCGCCGAGGGGGAGAUGGCCCCAGACAGCAGUGCCUUUGACAGUCAUUCAUGGCCGGCGGAAAGUAAGCGACCGUUUCUUCCCGUACUCGGCCAUCGGGACAGAUGCGGUGCUGAGCCUGGAUGAACACACCAGCCUGUCGACCAGCGAGGUUGACUUUGCCUUUGUGGUGUGGAGGAGUUUCCCCGACCGCAUUGUUGGGUUCCCCAUGCGGAGUCACUUCUGGGAUUCCAGCCAGAGCCAGUGGGGCUACACCUCCAAGUGGACCAACGAGUUCUCCAUGGUUCUCACUGCAGCUGCGUUCUAUCACAGGUAUUAUCACAGUCUCUUCACCAAUUCCCUGCCUGCCGGCCUGAGGAGCCUGAUCGAUCAGCUCUCCAACUGUGAAGACAUCCUGAUGAACUUCCUCGUGUCUGCCGUCACCAAGCUACCUCCCAUCAAAGUGACCCAGAAGAAGCAGCACCAGGAGGCGGCUCCCCAGCAGAUGCCCAAGAGCGCGGCCGUCUCCAGCGGGAACCUGCACUUCUCCCAGCGCCAGGACUGCCUCAACCAGUUCGCAGCCUGGUUUGGAUACAUGCCGCUGGUGCACUCGCAGCUCCGCCUGGACCCCGUGCUGUUCAAGGACCAGGUGUCCGUGUUGCGCAAGAAGUACCGGCACUUAGAGAAACCCUAG